GCGUUCCACUCAUUCCCGGCGCCGCUCGGGGAGGUGCGUCUCGGGCAUGGCUGCGGCCGACCCUGGGGACCCGGCGCCGGCGCCAAACCCUGCCGGGCUACUGCUGGGCCAUAUCGUGGCCUCGGGGACAGUCGCUCAGUGGCCUUACAUUCUAGAUCAAGCAUGUCAAACUCGUGGCCCACAACGAAUAUUUUUGCGGCCCAGCCAAUAUAACAGAGAUAUUAGAUAUAUCUAAGAAAUCAACUCCUUGCUUUGUGAACUUCUCCAGGCUACAGCAGAUCACAAAUAUUCAAGCUGAAAUCAAUCAGAAAAACCUGGAAAUUGAACUUCUAAAACUAGAAAAAGAUACAGCAGACAUUGUUCAUCCUUCUUUUUUGGCUCAAAAGUGUCAAACUCUGCAAAGCAUGAAUAAUCAUUUGGAAGCAGUGCUAAAAGAGAAGAGGUCCCUCAGGCAAAGACUGUUGAAACCCAUGUGCCAGGAAAACCUGCCUAUUGAAGCAGUUUAUCACAGAUACAUGGUACAUUUGCUGGAGUUGGCAGUGACUUUUAUUGAGAGAUUAGAAACCCACCUUGAAACAAUUAGAAAUAUUCCUCAUUUAGAUGCAAAUCUAAAGAGAAUGAGCAAGGCUUUAGCCAAGAUGGAUAUUUUGGUGAAUGAGACAGAAGAACUGGCAGAGAAUAUACUCAAGUGGCGAGAACAACAAAAGGAAAUUUCCUCUUGUAUCCCCAAAAUAAUAGCUGAAGAAAAUUAUCUUCAGAAAUGUAUUGUAACACCGUAACGCCUUCUUUAUCUUUACUUCUAAAGUUUAUGUCCAAACUAUUAAUGCCAAAUGAUACAACUUGUUUAAUUAAGCAAAAA